AUGGCUUCUGUACAAUUUCCAGAGGAGAACAACAACCUCGAAGCCGUUGAGAGUGAGAUUAGAGAGCUCCCCAGCAACAUCACAAAACCGGUCAAGCGACAAAGAUGGGCCACCACGCGUGAGGCCGGCUCCGGCGGCAUGCGGAAACGUGUCUCCAUUAUCGAUCGCUUUCACAAGCGCCAUGAGAUGAGAGAGGAGAAGCGAAAGUCGAACAUGACCAAUACAACUGGGACGACCGACAUUUCCACAGAUGAGGCGUCCAAGGGCGCAAAUCGAACAGUCUACUUCAACGUCCCGGUUCCUGAUUCGGAUCUCGAUGAAGAUGGUCAACUAAUCCAUGACUACCCAAGAAAUAAGAUUAGGACCGCCAAGUAUACAGCGUUGACGUUUGUGCCGAAGAACAUUUUCUUGCAGUUCCACAACAUCGCCAAUAUCUACUUCUUGUUCGUCAUUAUUCUCAACUGUUUUUCCAUCUUCGGUGCCAAUAAUCCAGGUCUGAACGCUGUCCCACUGAUUGUAAUUAUCGCCAUCACCGCCAUCAAAGACGCUAUCGAGGAUUGGGGACGAACAGUCUCCGAUAAUCAAGUGAAUAAUUCGCCGGUUUAUAGACUAGUUGAAUGGAGUAAUGUGAACUCUACCGAGGACAACAUUGGAACAUGGCGCAAGUUCAAAAAAGCCUGUACUCGUGGUGCGAUUUCUUCCUACCGUGGGAUCAAGUCCCUAUUCGUCAAGAAAGCAGCACCGAAGGAUGACGGAGACGAGCGACAGAAUUCGUUCGCUGAUCCACGAGCUUCGAUUUACACACAACGCGAUUCCCUAGCCAUUGGCGAGGCUGCCAUCCCCAUGACUGACGUUCAAGCCGAGGCUCGUGAAGACUGGCCAAUUAUUGAUAACAAAUUUCUAUCCCCCGACAGCGCAGCGCGCGAUAGUACUCAAACGAUUUCGCCGGACAAGAAGACUGGAAGUGUCAUGGAUCCGUCCAAACAGACCCCCGGCACCGCUCGAUUCAAGCGAGACUACUGGAAGAACAUUCAAGUCGGUGACUUUGUUCGAUUAUACAACGAAGAACAGAUUCCCGCCGACAUCGUCAUUCUUUCUACCUCUGAUCCGGAUGGCGCCUGCUAUGUAGAAACUAUGGGGCUGGAUGGAGAGACCAAUUUGAAGGUCCGCCAAGCUCUCCACUGCGGCCGCCAGGUCCGUCAUGCCCGGGACUGUGAAAAGACCGAGUUCACCAUUGAGAGUGAGGCACCACAUGCCAACCUGUACGCUUACAAUGGUGCCAUCCACUGGCAACAACACGACCCGAACUAUCCCGACGCACCACGCAAGGAGAUGGUUGAACCCAUCACCAUUAAUAAUCUUUUGCUUCGUGGCUGCUCUCUUCAAAGUACCGAGUGGGUUCUCGGUGUGGUCGUCUUCACCGGUGGUGACAGUAAGAUCAUGCUGAACUCCGGUGAGACUCCUGCCAAACGUGCACGUUUGGCCAGGGAGAUGAACUGGAAUGUCAUUUACAAUUUCAUCAUCUUGUUUAUCAUGUGCUUGGUAGCAGGUAUUGUUAACGGUUGCGCGUGGGCCUCCGAUGACAAGUCCUUAAACUUCUUCGACUAUGGAUCUUAUGGAGGUGUUCCCUCUGUGACUGGUAUUGUCACGUUCUGGACGGCUCUUAUUUUGUUCCAGAACUUGGUUCCGAUUUCGCUGUACAUUUCUCUCGAAAUUGUUCGGACCAUCCAAGCAGUCUUCAUUCACAGUGACUUGUUCAUGUACUAUGAAAAGCUGGGCCUGUAUUGCGUGCCUAAAUCUUGGAACAUAUCGGAUGACGUGGGACAAGUGGAAUACAUUUUCUCUGACAAGACUGGUACCUUGACACAAAAUGUCAUGGAGUUCAAGAAGGCGACGAUUAACGGCGUGUCUUAUGGUGAAGCCUACACAGAAGCACAAAUGGGUAUGAGGCGCCGUGAAGGGGCUAAUGCAGAAGAGGAGGCUGCCAUAGCUCGCGAACAGAUUGCCGCCGAUGGAAAAAUAAUGCUUCAGAUGCUUCGUCGCCUACAUGACAACCCCUAUCUUCGUGACGAAAACUUGACCUUCAUCGCCCCCAAUUUUGUAUCUGACAUCGAAGGAGGUUCCGGAGAGGAACAGAAGAAGGCUACGGAGCAUUUCAUGCUGUCCCUCGCCAUUUGUCACACCGUUAUCACUGAACACACCCCUGGUGACCCCCCUCAGAUUGAGUUCAAAGCACAAUCCCCUGAUGAGGCCGCCUUGGUCAGUACUGCCCGAGACUGCGGCUUUACAAUUCUUGGUCGUUCUGGUGAUGACCUGCUUCUGAACAUAAUGGGUGAGGAACGCACCUACACCGUCCUCAACACUCUUGAAUUCAACUCAUCUCGAAAGCGAAUGAGCGCCAUCAUUCGCAUGCCUGAUGGCACCAUUCGCCUGUUCUGUAAAGGUGCCGAUAGUGUUAUCUAUUCCCGUCUAGCUCGUGGAAAGCAGCAGGAACUCCGACGCAAGACCGCCGAGCAUCUUGAGGAGUACGCCAAGGAAGGGUUGCGAACAUUGUGUGUUGCCGACCGACUGCUUAGUGAGCAAGAGUAUCAGGCCUGGAACAAAGAACAUGAUAUUGCAGCUUCCGCAAUCCACGACCGUGAGGAGAAGUUGGAAAAGGUCUCUAGCGAGAUUGAACAAAACCUGAUGCUUAUUGGCGGUACUGCCAUCGAGGAUCGACUGCAGGAUGGUGUCCCAGACACCAUUCAGCUACUGGCAGAUGCUGGUAUCAAGUUGUGGGUUCUCACUGGUGACAAGGUCGAGACUGCUAUCAACAUUGGAUUCUCAUGUAACCUUCUCAACAAUAACAUGGAAUUGAUCGUCCUCAAUAUCCCGGAAAACAAACCUGACCAAGCAGCUAUGGAACUUGAAAAUCACCUUGGAACAUUCAACCUAACCGGCUCUGACGAGGAGCUCAUCGCUGCACGCCUCGACCACACGCCACCAGCACCGACGCAUGCAGUCAUUGUCGACGGUGAGACCCUCAAGAUCCUUCUUUCCGACGAAUUCAAGCAGAGGUUCCUAUUGUUGUGCAAGCAGUGCAAGGCUGUCCUCUGCUGUCGUGUCAGUCCAUCUCAGAAAGCAGCCGUCGUCAACAUGGUCAGGCAUGGUCUCGAUAUCAUGGCCCUUUCAAUUGGUGACGGUGCUAAUGACGUGGCCAUGAUCCAAGAAGCUGAUGUGGGUGUUGGUAUUGCCGGUGAAGAAGGUCGACAAGCCGUCAUGUCCUCAGACUAUGCUAUUGGUCAAUUCCGAUUCCUUCAGCGCCUUCUCCUCGUCCAUGGAAGAUGGUCCUAUCGUCGUCUCGGAGAGUGUACCGCCAACUUCUUCUACAAGAAUCUGGUGUGGACUUUGGCUCUCUUUUGGUACUGCAUUUAUAACGACUUCGAUUGCUCUUACCUUUUCGACUAUACCUACAUUGUCUUAGUCAACUUGGCCUUUACCUCACUACCAGUCAUAUUCAUGGGUAUUUUCGACCAGGAUGUUGACGAUAGGGUGUCUCUGGCGGUUCCCGAGCUAUACAUGCGGGGUAUCGAGCGCAAGGAGUGGUCACAACUCAAGUUCUGGUUAUAUAUGGCCGAUGGUCUGUACCAAUCCGUCAUUUGCUUCUUCAUGCCAUAUAUGCUCUAUCAAGCAGCCAACUUUGCUAGCGACAACGGCCGCGAUGUCAGCGAUCGAUCUCGCAUGGGCAUUUUGGUGGCAACUUGCGCCGUUAUUGCUAGCAACACCUACAUCAUGAUGAACACCUACAGAUGGGACUGGUUCACCUGUUUAAUUAACGGUAUCAGCUCACUCCUCAUCUUUGUUUGGACCGGAAUUUAUUCAUCAUUCACUUCCUCUGAAACAUUUUACAAGUCCGCCGCCGAGGUCUAUGGAUCGUUCAGUUUCUGGGUUGUCCUGCUUGUGACAAUUAUGAUCUCCCUGCUCCCUCGCUUUGCCUAUAACGCUGUCCAGAAGGUGUUCUUCCCCCUCGACGUUGACAUUAUCCGCGAGCAAGUCACUAUGGGAAAUUACAAGUAUUUAGAGGAAUUAGAGGAAACGUUGGUCGUGCCCACAAAGCCCGGUGAUGUAUCUGCUCUAUCUAGUGACCAGUCUGCAGCUUCUUCAGACCUGUCCAAACCCAUCCAACCGUCGAUGAAGCAAGAUGAUGAUGCCUCCUACUAUCCAGCUGCGGAAGUCUUCACCCACAACCCCCGCAGCCAAAAUGGAAGCAAUGGGACCAACUACACCGCUAGCUUGGAUCAGAACCCAAGGCCCCAGUCCGUAGAUUUUGGGCGAACUCGUGACCGGACUCGGCAUUCCUUUGAGCGAGCCCGGCAUAGCUUUGAACAAAGCAAUGAUUUCACAUCUGCAGCCAUGUUGCAAAGAGUGGAAUCCCGCCAUCAUGAACCAUACCAGGAAGCUAUCAAUGAGAAUUUACACGAGGAUCCAUUCCGAGAGCAUGAUGCAAACAUGAUAUAA